AUGUCAUCAGAGUUGGCGCCAUGGGAGAGCGCAGUUGCUGGUGCUACUGGCGCCGUGCUUGCCAACGCCCUGGUAUAUCCUCUUGACAUUGUAAAAACAAGACUACAAGUGCAGAUUAAGAAGAAGAACCAAGAGGUUCAGCACACUGCCGAGCACCAUCACUAUGAAUCCACGAUCGACGCUAUCAAGAAGAUCGUCGAGCAUGAGGGCAUUCACGGUCUCUACUCUGGUGUAAGCGGUGCACUCAUGGGAGUUGCCUCUACCAACUUUGCCUAUUUCUACUGGUAUUCGGUAGUGCGACAUCUUUACCAGAAAUACCAGACUGUGCCCGGACAGCAUCCCGGAACUGCAAUCGAGUUGUCACUGGGUGCGGUUGCGGGAGCCAUCGCACAAGUAUUCACCAUUCCCAUUGCUGUCAUUACGACACGACAACAGACACAGCCAAAAGGCCACAAGCAGGGUAUCUGGGCGACAGGAAAAGAGGUGGUCCACAGUGAAGAUGGUUGGACUGGACUAUGGAGGGGCCUCAAGGCCUCCCUGGUGCUCUGUAUCAACCCGGCCAUCACAUACGGCGCGUAUCAGCGUUUGAAGGAUGUUAUAUACCCUGGAAAAGUGAGGCUACGACCUCAUGAGGCAUUCCUUCUAGGAGCCCUGUCAAAGUCCCUGGCUACACUAACGACUCAACCCUUGAUCGUCGCCAAGGUCGGUCUACAGUCACGACCUCCUCCAGUCCGUGAGGGCAAGCCAUUUAAGUCGUUUGGGGAAGUGUUGGCCUACAUCGUUGAGCACGAAGGUCCAUGGGCCUUGUUUAAGGGUAUUGGCCCACAAUUGUUGAAGGGUCUCUUGGUGCAAGGCUUGCUCAUGAUGACCAAGGAACGGGUCGAGUUGCUGUUUGUCAUGUUGUUCGCCUACCUCCGCGUUGUCCGAGCGAGAAGGUUGCAAUUGACUCAGGAGCUGAAAAAGAAAGUGGUGGAGCAGACUGCCCCAGUCGCCGAAAACCUGCAGAGCCGGGCCGAGAACCUCCAGAGCCGCGUUAUGCCAGUGGCGGAGAAUGUCCUGGAAAGGGCCAAAUCUGCUCUACCUGCGACGACCAAAUGA